GCGGUCGGGCCGGUAGUCCUUGGAGUAUUUUCCGUGCUGUGGCGGGCGGAGCGAAUCGAAAGGAACGGACAUAUGUCAAUUCAUCGCCGCGGUAGACUCCUCAGUGCAUUGUUUUGGGGGCAAGUUAAAGUCUUCAGAGCUCUAUAUACCUUUGAACCCAGAACUCCAGAUGAAUUGUACUUCGAGGAAGGUGAUAUUAUCUACAUUACUGACAUGAGUGAUAGCAAUUGGUGGAAAGGAACCUCCAAAGGCAGGACGGGACUAAUUCCAAGUAACUAUGUGGCUGAGCAGGCAGAAUCUAUUGACAAUCCACUGCAUGAAGCUGCCAAAAGAGGCAACUUGAGCUGGCUGAGGGAGUGUCUGGACAACCGAGUGGGUGUUAAUGGCCUGGACAAAGCUGGAAGCACUGCCUUGUACUGGGCUUGUCACGGGGGUCACAAAGAUAUAGUGGAAGUGCUAUUUACUCAGCCAAAUAUUGAACUGAACCAACAGAACAAGUUGGGGGACACAGCUUUGCAUGCUGCUGCCUGGAAGGGUUAUGCAGAUAUUGUCCAGUUGCUUCUGGCAAAAGGUGCUAGAACAGACCUACGGAACAACGAGAAGAAACUGGCCUUCGACAUGGCCACCAACGCUGCCUGUGCAUCGCUCCUGAAAAAGAAGCAGGGAACAGAUGCGGUUCGAUCAUUAAGCAAUGCUGAGGACUAUCUUGAUGAUGAAGACUCAGAUUAAUUUCCUUCUGGAGCUUUGAAACCCAAAACUUCUUUUGCUUUUGCCAUUCCAAAAUCUUGUUUUUUGCCAGAAAGUAUUGGUAACUUAGAAAAGAAGUCUGUGUGAAUGUGGCCGUGCUGCACUGUGUUCGAGGAGAACGUGUAAAUGACUAGUUUCCGCCUUUGGUUUGCCAAUAAGUGACUGAUACUUGCUGUAUAAAAUGCACUUACGUUCACCAGAGUAGAACAAGAAGAGAUUAUUUCUAUUUAUCAAGUUAAAGGAAUUUUUAAGAUUUUUUUCUUUAAAAAAAUCAGGAUGGUUUUUUUCAUUAAAGUUCUUUACCUCAAGGAUUGGGAUAUUUUGAAUUGAUUUUUCAAAGGGGAAAAUGCUUAUUACAAUAGUAGAGCAAAAGACUUAAAAAACUGUCAGCUAUUCUGACAAAAAUAAACAUUUAAGAGACUUCA